AUGGCAUGGUCAAUCACUGUCAUCCAGCGUGGUUACGAGACAUGGUUGGCCACGAGCGACUUGUUCAACACCUGGUUAUCGAUGGCACGAGAGAUUACAUCUAACACCACAGUAGUUCACGCCGCAAACAACCUUGCUACCGUUCCUCUCGCCCUCAAUUACUGCAAGCACAUUCAAUUGCCUAUCUUCUUGCAGACCCUGGCUCGAUAUUACAAGAACGCGACCGACUAUAUGAUACGGAUCAAGUCUGGUGAUGGCUCAGCCAGAAGGGUUCUUGCCAAGCUUGAGAAAAGGAUGAUCGAAGACUGCCGUCAUCUAACUGACGCCCGUAUUAAGGCAGGCUGGCCACGGAAGAGCUGUACGGGGCUCAAUAUAAGUGAGGAUGAGAUGGCGUACUUUGAGGAGGAAUGGGUCUCCAGUCAGCUCCAUCCAGACAGCUCGGUAACGUUUGACCGCGGCUACAGCGGCAGGGAGGGCAGAGUCUGGUCCAAAGAUGAAAAGGCUCGCGUGCUUCAAGUCGUGGAGGAAACAGAGGAAUGGACUGGGGUUAAUCUCCCUAUGCAUCAAGGCUGUUCUUACUUCGCCCACAGCGAUACUCUCCCGUCAGAUUGGUCCUGGACACGACACCACGGCAAACAAAUGCGUCCUGGAUGGGCCUCCACACCUUGCAGUCUCCGAGAUCGUAUCAACGGGAACAACAACAUCCUCAUCGAGACAAGAACCAGCAAUUUCCUCAAGCAUAACUUUGCUGAGCUAGGAACCGCUGAAGGGCCCGCCGGUCCACGUUUAGCCAGGCUGGGCACGUAUUACUUGGCUCAAGUUGCCAGGCCUUAUGCUACAUGGAUAGGCUCUUCAAGAAAGGGGAAAGGUGUAGGAAGGAGAAGCGACUUGAUGAAUGAGAGCAGAUAUGCUCAAUGCAAUAGGACAAGUCUCUCGCAGUUCUGUUUCCAAUGGCAUAAAUACAGCUGCCCUCGUAUCAUCGACAUGAACAGGUUACUGGCCCUAUGUGCUUGGGUAUCACAGUUGCCUCACUUUGAUAUUUGGAUCUUAGAUGCAUUCAGCCACACCAAAUCUCAAAUCUUGCACAUACAUCUGAUCCUUGUGAACUGGGCUGCAACAGCCCGAUCGAUCUGCAUGUCUAUCACCCACAAUCGCAUGUAUUACUUUGAGCAAAGAUUCAUCGAAGACUGGCGCCGCCUUACUGAGGUCCAUAUAAGGCAAGCUGAACACGGAAGAGCCGCACUGGGCUCAACAUAA